AUGGAAAGCCAGCUCCAAGAACAAGAGCCGCAUCUAAAAAGGUCUUUGAAAGCUCGUCAUUUAGCUAUGAUCUCCCUAGGUGGUGUUAUCGGUCAAGGUCUUUUUCUUUCUGCUGGUGGCAAUUUAUACCGUGCAGGCCCCGCAGGGGCUCUAAUAGCUUACAGUAUUAUUGGUUUUAUCGUGUAUUGGGUCACGUUUUCUCUAGGUGAGAUGGCCACUUAUAUCCCAGUUUCUGGCUCCUUUACCGUAUACUGUAGAAGAUUCGUAGAUAAAUCUUUUGGUACAACCAUCGGUUAUAACUAUUGGGCUUGUUGGACAAUUAUUGUUGCUGCCGAGCUUGUUGCUCUACCGCUCGUAAUGCAAUUCUGGACUAAUAAGGUGCCAGACUGGGCAUGGUCAGGAAUUUUCCUUGUCAUUAUUUAUGUUCUAAACAUGUGCGGUGCUCGUAGCUAUGGUGAAGCAGAAUAUUGGUUUAGCUUGAUCAAAAUUAUCGCUGUACUCGUCUUCAUCAUCGUAGGCUGUCUCACUUCUGUAUUUGGAUUCAAAUAUUGGAAAGAUCCCGGAGCCUUUUCCAAUGGUGCCCUUGGUGUAGUGAAUGCAUUUGUGUUGGCAUCAUUCAGUAUGCAGGGUACUGAAAUUGUUGGUAUCACUGCUGGUGAGUGCGAAAACCCGCUGAAGCAAGUACCACGUGCUAUUCGAAACGUUUUUUGGCGGAUCAUCAUUUUUUAUCUUGGCUCUAUUUUCGUAAUGGGUAUGGUCAUUCCUUGGAAUGACGAGCGUAAUUUAUCCGCUGGAAGCGGUGUUACAGUCUCCCCUUUCACAAUUGUAUUUGAAAAGGCAGGUCUUCAAAGUGUGGCACAUAUCAUGAAUGCAGUCAUUCUUAUAACAGUUUUAUCAUGUGCAAAUAGUGGAAUGUACGUCAGCUCACGUACCCUUUUGUGCUUAUCAAAAGAAGGCCUAGCACAUAAAAGAAUAUCUCACAUUAAUAAACACGGUGUCCCCGUUUGGUCUAUUACUAUUACGGCAGUAAUCAGUCUCAUUACGUUUGCAACGGCUUUCAUUCCUGGUAAAGCCCUAUUCACAGUGCUCACUGAUCUCUCUGGUAUCGCAGGUUUUGUUACCUGGGGUGGAAUUUGUUUUGCCCAUUUCCGUUUUAGAAAAGCUUUGAAAUUUAAUGGACAUCGUGUUCAGGACCUACCCAUUAGCACACCAUUUCAUCCCUUUGGCGAUAUAUUCGGAAUGAUAGCUUGCGUGGUUAUAUCUUUAAUGGCAGGCUAUUCUUACUUUGUACCACCAGAUCCCGUAGGCUUGAUUGGUAAUUACGGUGGUCUAAUUGUGGUUGCCUGUUUAUUUGUCAUUCUGAAGCUCUGGACUAAAUCAAAAAUGAUCCCCAUCGCAGAGAUAGACAUUGAUACUGGAAGAGCAGAGUACUCUUUUACAGAUGACUCAGAAAAGGCCACUGGUCCGCUAUGGAAACGUACUAUGGGCAAGAUUGUGAGUGUACUCACUUAA